UGAGUGUUAGAUCGCAACCAGAGAUCCUCAUAGAUCUAUAUACGAAGAUCAUAAAUACUUUCUCAUUUCGAUUUUCUUACGAUAAAUUUCAUCAAAAAUUUUAUUCGUUAAAGAAAAUUUGUUUAAACUUUCUCUAUUAAAUAUAUAUCUAAUCACGUUUAUAUUUGGCAAAUAAAAGGUUUCAAGUAUUUUUUCUCGUCGCCUAAAUCAACAGAAAUGGCACCGAAAAGAGAAAUAAAGAAAGUACGUAAAGAAAUAACUAAAAAUAAAAAUGAACUGCGCUGUUUGAAAGGUGAUAAUUGUUUCAUCGAUACUUCGGAUAGUUCCGAUAGCGAUAGUUCUGAUUGCGAUUGUUCCGAUUGUGAUUGUUCCGAUUAUUCCGAUUGUUCGGAUUGUUCCGAUUGUUCCGAAUGUUCCGAUUGUAAUAACCAAUGUGAGUUGAUAUCACGUAAAAGUAGUAAAGGAAGGUCGAAGGGAAAGAUUUCGAAAAAGUCAAAAAAGGCAAAAAGUAGAAAAACGAAAGCGUCCAAGAAAAAAUCUACACGAUCCACAAAACAAUCAUCGACCUCUUGCAGCUGUUCUUCAUGCGAUUGUUGUUCCAGUAGCGAUGGAGAUUGUUACGAGUACUCGUCAUUAAAAAAUAAAACUCGUCGAUAAAAAAAGGCAUAAUUUAUGAUGAAAAGAAAAAACGAAAAAGGCUAUAAUUUAUUUAAAUUUACUUUUCAUAUUUAUUUAUUUAUUUAUUUAUUUAUUUAAUUAUUUAUUUAUUUCGUAAUGUAUUUUAUAAUGGGUAUCGCUGCACGAAAAGUUUUUAUACAUAUAUAUAUAUAUACAUACAUACUAAGAGAUUAUAUUUUAUUUAUUUAUAGUGUAAUUAAUUUUUAAUAGGAAUUUAUUAACUUUCAUAUUUCCGUUAAUGGGAUAUCAUCAUGAAUUUAUGGAAAAAAUUAUCUCGCAUAAAGGAUAUUAUAUGAGAGCAU